GAAUUUUAUUAGUCCAUGAUUAGCGAGCAAGUUAAGAAGCGGAAUAGGUUUCAUUCGUCCGUUUUGUUGAUGUUGAGAAGAUAGUUUCCUUUUUUUUUUUGUUCUGUUGUUUCAUAAAUUAAAAUUUUUGUUGUUGUUGUUUUUUCGUGUGCUCCCAAGAGUAUAAUCAAGUGAAUGGUUCAUAAGAAAAUUAAAAAAAAAACCAAAAAAAAAAUAUUGUGGUGAAUAGCACAAUUAUGUUUGCCGUUUGUCGUCGUCGUUUACUUCUUCGUCGCUAACUCUCCGCAACACAGCAGUUUUGUGUCGCCGCUGCCGCGCGCGAUUAAAACUGUAUAUCUUCAUUCAUCUUUUAAAUAAAUAAUCAUAAUUAAUAGAUUCAUUUAUUAAUUCAACAACGUUUCCUUUUGGAUUAUAAUCAAUCACCACUACAAAAUACCAAGAACCCCGAAUUAAAACUACCAUCAUCAGCAGUUUUUUUCUCGCCUCAUCAGCAUUUAUAAAAAAAAAUAUACAUUUAACAAAAAAAAACAAAAAUAAAUACAAAAAAAUGCAAUCGUGUCUGCAACUUUAUCUAUAACUCAACCACAAGAAAAAAAAAUAAAUAAAUGAAUAUGAAACUGAUGGAUAUAGUAAAUUCAAUUCCAUCGAGUGAAGUACGCGUGUACGCCGUUAUGAUCGUGUGAAUUAAAUUUUAAAAAUCCAAAAUAUUAAAUCCUAAAAUCUGCAAAAAUAAAGAGCAAAAAAAAGAAAAACAGUGAAUUCGUUGAAAAAAAAAAAAAUAAAAAUCAAUUCGCCGCUGCCGCAGCCAACGGAGACGAGAAAAAUUAUUUUUCGUUGGAAAUUCUUAAUUUGUUUUUGCUGGUCGAAUUCCGAUUGAAAUUAUGCCAAAAAUACACAAUCAUGGUGAAUUUCCACUGCCAGAUGGUUGGGAUGUUGCUAAGGAUUAUGAUGGAAAAAUUUACUACAUUGACCACAAUACGAAGAAGACAACAUGGCUGGAUCCACGCGAUCGAUACACAAAGCCACAAUCUUUUGAGGAUUGUAUUGGCGAUGAGCUGCCCGUUGGUUGGGAAGAAGCUUAUGACACAAAUAUCGGUCGUUAUUACAUUAAUCACAUUAGUCAAACCACACAAUUGGAGGAUCCAAGACAAGAAUGGAAGAGUGUCCAAGAGGCGAUGCUUCGAGAUUAUCUCAACGCCGCACAGGACGUUUUGGAGAAGAAGAGAGAAAUGUAUGAUGUUAAACAACAGCGUUUGCUGAUUGCCCAAGAUGAAUUCAAUCAUUUGAAUACAUUGGCCGCUAGUCGUAGUAGUUUAUGCUCAUCAUCAAGCUCGAUCAAUACCCGCCAUGAUCCGGACCUGUUGCGCGCUGAUCUAGUCCUCGCCAAGGAGCGCGUUCGUCGUCUAAAACAAGAACUUCAUCAUAUCAACACUGACAUAUCGUACACCCAACGCGGUGUCAAUACCCUCUAUUCGGUUGGCGAAAAAAUCAAUGCCCGCCAAAAUGGUUGCUACGACAUUGCCGAAGUUCAAGCCAUACGCGAAGAAAUGCUCAAGGUGCAAAAAUCCCUCGUCUCUGGCGAAAAAGUACGCGAAGAGCUCAUGCAAAGUCUGGUACAAAUCAAAAAUGAACUUAGCCGGCAACAGUAUAGUGAAGAAGCUGCCGCUGAUCUACUCAAUGCCACUUCACCAUUUGAUCGUGUCUGUGUAGCGUCACAAACCGACCUUUGCGGAGCUGCUAAUGAUAGUAUGAAUAGUGGGGCAAGAUUUGCUGAAAUGUUCAAAACCAAACUGCAAUACAGUGAAUGGCGCAAACGUAUCAAGCAACUGCAACAACAGUUGGCCGAUCAUGUGGAACGCAUUGAACCCGGCCAAUUGGAAUCAGACAAAGAUCGUUUGUUGUUGAUUCAGGAAAAGGAAAAACUCCUCACAGAAUUAAAGAGUAUUCCAAUGAAAUCCAAAUCCCAACAAGAAAUCCUCAUGAUUGCCCAGACACGAAGAAAACUGGAAGAGGAUCUUAAUGAAGCAUAUGAGGCUACUAAUCAAUGCAUUGCCAAUCGUUUGCGAUUGCACGAAGAAAAACAAACACUUCUUGCUAAGCUGCAAGAAGCACUCAAGUCAACAAAAAUGUUGGAAGAACGACUCAAGUCAUUCUCAUCUGAGAGCACCUUCUCAAUCAGUAGUGGAUCUAGUUUGGGUUCGCUAUCAACUGCCAGCAGUAAGAGUGCUUUAAGUUUCACAGAUAUUUACCUAGAUCCACUUUCGGUGGAUCCACAAAUCGAUGUGGUCGAUCUUCAUCGAAGAUCACAAGGAUUAUUCCAAAUGCAAUCUGCCAUGUCAUUGUCACCACGUAGCAGUUUGUCAAUGGAAACACCACCAGCGUCUCCAAUGAAAUAUACCGAUGCACCCAAAGAGGAACCAACUUAUGCAAAUGCAUCGAACUUCAAUUUACCCCAACAGCAACAACAAAAACAAAAAACACCAAACUACGAUCUAGAUUCAGCGGUCUUUGAUGUCAUGAUGUUGGAAGAGAAACUCCAUGAUUUGAAGACGGUGCCAAUUAAUUUAGCUGCACCAUUGUCUCCAAUCUAUGAGAAGCCAUCCCUGUUGGAUCUGCCACAAGAUAUGCUCAGUCGAUCAUCAUCCACAUCGAAUACACGAUCUGUAUCGGCUGCCGUCAGUAAUGAGUCGGUAGCUGGUGAUUCGGGUGUAUUCGAAGCAUCCCGAGCUCAUUUGCCCCGAAAGGAAUUGGCACAAGUUCAAAUCGGGUUGAAAUACUUUAAGAACGAGGCCAUUUUCGUAGUUUCCCUUGAGAGAGCAAAUAAUUUAGCUGCUUUGCUGACCACUGCGACGGACAAUUCUCAAGUGUACCUUCGUGCUGCUCUCCUGCCAAAUUCCCUGCAAUCCAUUCGAACAAAGAACGUUUCCGACUUCCACAAGCCAAUGUUUGGUGAUAAUUUCGCUGUGCCAAUUUCGUUAAGCAAACUGCUAACGAAGAAUCUUCAUGUUACCGUUAUUUGUGUAACUGGACAAAAGGAGGAGAUUAUUGGAACUGUUCAUAUAAGUUUGGCUGAAUUCAAUGCUGAUGACUCCACACUCAAGUGGUACAAUGUUCUCAGCUCAAGAUUCAUGCCCAGUUUUGAUGGCAAAGAGGAAUCUUCCGACGAAUCGACAAUAACCUCAUCUCAAACAUCGACUCUAACGAGAAAUCAAGCUCCUCCGUUUGAAAUGCAAGCACAGAUUGCCGAAGAACUCAAAGAGUAUCUGAAUCUAAACGAUGAUGCCGAAGAGGAAGACGAAGAAGAUGAGCCCGAAGAAGAGGAAGAAGAUGCCACUGGCGGCGAUUAUGCUGAAUUAACGAGAAAAAUGCUAGACGCCUACAUGAAUAAUGUAAAACAAGAGUACGCCGACAAAGAAACGAAUACCGAGUGUGCCUUCCCCCCAGAAAAAUGCCGAGCUAGGCUGAGUGAUCCCACCUCCCAACAGCAGCAGCAACAAAAUAACCAACAACAACAAUCCGCUAUUGACGAUAGACCCGUCAAGCGUUCACAAACUUUUACGCCUAGCGCUGCUGUUGGUAAAAGUCGUUAUACCUGCCGAUUAAAUCGUAGUGAUUCGGAUUCUGCUAUGCAUUUUGGUGUUACACCACAUCCAUUCCAUAGAGGAGCCGUCGAAAGGAGAUCAUUGCGAUUCCAUACAAAGACUUCAAAACCAGUCACAAAACUUCAUCAUACUCAUAUCCCAAGAACAAGUUUAGAUCUAGAAUUGGAUCUACAAGCGCAACAUAGCAAAUUAGAUUUUCUAAAUGAUGAAAUCAUCAAGUUGCAGAAUUUGAAACAAACCCUUGAACAAGCCCGAGAUAAUCGAGAUACAAGAAUUGCCACAUGGGCAAUGGAAAAUGAAGAAUUCCAACGAUUAGUUGAACGUGCCGAUCCAGCAAAAUGUCCUGAAGAGAAACAACUACAACGAUUGCUGCAUAAAACAUCAAAGGAAAUUUAUAAAUUGCGCAAGACCAAAGUUGCUAAAGGAUCAGUUGAUUUGGUCUCUUUCAAAGAAAAAAUAGCCUUCUUCACCCGCAAAGGUUUAUCAGUGCCUGAAUUACCCAUCGAAUUCAUUGUUACCGAAGAAGAUGUCAUCGAAGAAGAUGAAGCUGAAUAUGAAAAUGAUGGCUAUAGCAAUAAUCAGCCACCAGCAAUUGCCAUUAAUACGGCUCUUGUAGAAGCCACAACAAAAAGCCAACAACAACCAAUAAAGAAUCUCAUAGUUGCAUCAUCAUCAUCCGCAUCCCCAUUGCCAGUUGUAGGAGUUUCUUCAUUAUCAGCUUCUACAUCAAUAACAUCCAUACCCAUUAUAACACCACCACCAUCAUCAACCAAUAACAAUAAUUGUAUGUCAAGAGAAUUACCAACUUAUGCAGCAGCAACAGCUGCAUCUAAAUCAAGAGCAGCUGCUGCUGCUGCAGCAGCAGCAGCCCUUGCUGCAUCAAAUGCCUGUCAACCAUCAACAUCAGCAGCUGCAUUAGCAGCUGUUGCAUCAACAUCAGUCACAACGACAACAUCAACAACGUCCAGCAAUACAACAGAACAAGCUUCUUCAACUGAGAACAGUCGAUUUGAUUAUGUAGUAGAUCGAACAUAUGGCGUUGAGGUUUAAAGAAGCUUAAAAGAAAUUUUUGUCUGGAAUUUGUUGUAUAUAAAACAUUAUUUUUUGUUAUUUAAAAAAAAAAAAACAAAGUUGUUAAUAUUGAAUACAUAAAUUAUAAAAUUAUAGAAAAUAAGAAACAAAAAAAAAUAUUUAAAAUGAAACGUUAAAAAAAAACUGAUAUCUAUUGUGCCUUACAGAGGAUUAGUUUUUUUAUUUGUUGUUGUCAACUUUCAUUUAGAAAAAAAAAAAAAACUAAAAUA